GUAAACAUGAAUUCGUUAAUUAUUGUUAAUUGUUUAUCUUCUCAAUCUAAUCAGUUGUUUGACUGAUUAAUUGAAUGAAUUUUAAUCUUCAAUAUUAAUCUUGACUUCGUAACUAAUUUAUUGGAUGAAUUUCUAUAAGUCUUCCUCUUUAUCUCUUGGUGAUGAUUGUGAUCAUGAUGGUGAUGAUCUUAUGGAUUAAUCCAAUUAACCAAUUGAUUGGAAGAUUGAAUGGAACAAUUCAGUCUUGGAUGGAUUAUUCAGAGUAUUUAAAUCGAUUGGAUUAACUGUAUCAAUCAAUUAUGAAGCUUCUUGGGUGUGCAAUUUGUUUCUUUAUCGGGGUAACCCUAUUCAGUAGUGGUUUCUACUUUUACCUAAUUAUUAGUCAAUAUAUGAUCUCGUCUACUUAUCAAGCCCAUCGAGCAAUGUUCAAAAAUAUGGUUGAUUCAGCGAAAGGUUUAAUCAUUUCCAAAGAUGAAUCUCUAUUCCAAUCUUCCAAUGAUAUUGAAAAUAUUGAGAGACAAAGAAAAAUGAAUCUAAGUACUUCCUUUGAUCAUGAUCUUCGAAGGCAAAUUGAAGUAUUUCUUGUUCGAUUGCGAUCCAAAUUACGUAGUUGGGAACUACGAAGUACCAGUAUUUUGUGGCGGCAACAAAACUCCUACAACAGAUAUAAUGUCACCUAUUUACGAUCUCCACCAACCUAUCCAAGUGUUACCCGUCUUUGUACAGUUCCGUUUACGACGAUAAGUCCAACCUACGAACCAUUUUCUUCCAAUGGAUUUGAUUCAAUAUUACCAAAAGAAUCGUUGAUUAAAUUGUUAAGAGAAAAGUAUCCAGUCCAUGAAACAUGUGCCUUGAUUGCGAAUUCAGGUUCAUUGUUAAAAUCAUCGAAAGGUUCAGAGAUUGAUUCUCAUGAUGUGAUAAUAAGAUUCAAUGAUGCACCAACAAUCGGUUAUGAGAUGGAUGUUGGCUCUCGAACAUCAAUUAGAAUAAUUAAUUCUCAAGUAGCCUCACGUUUAACCUUCAAUUUAUCUGAUCCAUUAUAUUCAUCGGCUGUUAAUCUUGUCUGGGAUCCAUCGUCUUUCCAAGUUGAUCUAAAUCAAUGGUUCAAUAAACCGGAUCACAAUUUUUUCCCAAAUUAUCGGAAAACUCGAGAGAAAACACCGAACAUUCCGUUUUACAUUAUUCACCCUCAAGUGGCCUGGGAUCUUUGGAAACAAUUACAAACCAGUAAAUCACAUCAAAUCCAUCGAACUCCACCUUCAUCUGGAUUUAUUGGUCUUCUUUUAGGUCUACGAUUGUGUUCCUACGUUUACGCUUAUGAAUAUAUUCCGUCAAUUCGUAUGACGGAAAACUGUCACUAUUACGAUAAUACGACUGGACUUGGAUGUACCUUCGGUGAUUGGCAUCCACUGGCUACCGAAAAACUUUACGCACUUCAUUUGAACACCGCCAGUGAUUAUGAUUUAGCGAUCAAUGGCCGUAUGAGAACUCGAGGAUGUGGUUAAUUGAAACGUUAACGAAACUUUUCUGAACAUUCAAAA